GCCCAAGCGAAACGCCCGCCGCCAUCCGCGAUUCGCCCGCCAGCCAUGCGUUGAAGAUGUCGGGGCGCGGCAAGGGCGGGAAGGGCCUGGGCAAGGGCGGCGCGCUGCGCCACCGGAAGGUGCUCCGCGAUAACAUCCCGGGGAUCACGAAUCUGGCGAUCCGGCGGCUGGCGCGCAGGGGCGGCGUGAAGCGCAUCUCCGGGCUCAUCUACGAGGAGACCCGCGGCGUCCUCAAGAUCUUCCUGGAGCAAUGCUGCUGGUUUAGGGGUUCUUCGCGCGCGCAUCCGGCCAGGCCUCCAAGGUCGGUGGCCAUGGCUCAGUGUCGCCAUCACCUCCUCCUCAUGGUUAUUGCUGCUCCGCGGCAGGCGAGAGCCAUGGGGAAGCCUUUGCUGUCCUCAUAGAUGUCGCAUUGCACCACUACCUGCGGGUCCAGCAAGCCGACCACUAG